AUGUCAAAUUCGAUUCCAAGUUCAAUUUCAAAACCAUCAACUUCUAAUACUAAUCCUCAAGAACCAACUACCGAUUCUCAUUCUCAUUCUCAUUCCUCAUUCUAUGAUAACUUUCCAAAUCAUGUGGAAUCUUACUCUGAUGAACUUCCACCCGAUUCACAUCCUAUCAAUCAUGAAGAAAACCAUCAUCACAUCCCUGGAUCAUAUCUAAGAGACAAUUAUGUUAACGAACCUCAUCCUCGAUUGAUGAUGAGAGGAACUACCGGACGUCAUUCUCAUCCUUCGUCACUUCCAAAUCAAUCUCGUUCACGUCCUAGACCAUCAGAACCUAUCUCGAGACCCAAAGUUGAUCUCGAUGAGCCAAGAAAGUGUUGGAUUUGUUACGAUGAUGAAGAACCUGAGAGCCUGGAAUCCGAUCUAGGUUACCCUGUUCUCACCACUUCUGCCUCACUUCAACUUCAGAAAAAGAGAAAGUGGGUAAAGCCUUGUAGAUGUUCAUUGGUAGCUCACGAAAGUUGUUUGCUUACAUGGGUAACUACUUAUCAGCUUACUCACUCUCCUACAACUUCAGUGGCAUCGCGUCUAUCAACUCCUGUCACUUGUCCACAAUGCGCAGCUACUUAUCAUCUAGCGCAACCUUCUUCACACCUUCUGACGAUCAUCGAUUCGUUCAAAAGACCAUACGAUAAAGUUGUCAGUUGGUCUGCUUUAGGCUGCGUCUUACUCGGCUUUAGUAUCACAACCUCUUCUUAUGGGCUUUGGGCAUCUCGAUGUUUUCUCGGUCAAGCUAGAUGGAAUAAUUGGAUCGUCAACUCUUCUGGUCACUUUAGUUUUUCCAAACUCUUUCAAUUAAGUUUAGUAGGACCGAUCUUAUUAUUAAGUCGAACCACUCAGUUAGAUUCUAUCAUUCCAUUCUUACCGAUCUCUUUAGUCUUAUCAAACUUGGCACCUUCUGGAUAUGAUUCACAAGAUUCAACCUCAAAUCAAGUUCAAUUUGUGAAAUUAGAUUCAGUCUUUCCUCCAGGUCCGGCUCUGACGCUUUGUUUGAUACCUUGGGCUAGGAUCGGUUGGAAUUGGAUUUGGUCUAGGAUCACUUAUGUUGUACUUGCACAUGAGUAUAAGUCUUUAGAGUUCAUGGAUCCUGCUAAUGGGUUUCCUAGCGGAUUAGGACUGGAUGGUGGACCUCGACCAGCUUUGGUACCUAAUGCAGUAGGACGUCAGGCUGAAGAAGCAAACGGACCAGAAGAUCAAAGAUUCAAUCCACUUGCUGCAGCUAAUGAUGGUGGUCGUGGUCAAUUGGGUGCAGAAGUGGUUUUGGAUUAUACUACUUUACGAGGAGCGAUCCGGAUGGGCAUGGAAGCUUUACUCUUACCUGGUGCAGCUUCUAUGGCUGGAAACAUGUUACUUUUGAUUUCUAAACAUUUACCAUGGCUACGUACAGUACUAGGGAUCCGUAGUAUCUUACAUCAUUCGUAUUUUAGUGCUCCAUCAACCGGUUCAAUAUGGUAUAGAUUAACGUCAUCUAUUGGGACUACUAUUAGUAGGAUCACAGGAUUAAGAUUCUGGAAUCCAUCUAAUCAUCAACUGGUUGGAAUCUCAGAUUGGAGAACUAAUGAAGGUAUCUUGAAUCAGUAUAAGAAUGGAAUCAUUGAAGAUCCGAUUUGGUGGAGAAAUACAUUGGGAGGUGCAUUGAUUGUGUUGGUGAAAGAUGUGAUGGGAUUGAUUGAAAAGGUUUUAAAGAUUCGUAAGUUGAGUCAAAGAAGGAUUUUGGAUGUAGUUUAA